GUCCCACACUUUUCUAUUUCCCCAUUCCUUUUUGCAUAUACAUUAUUUUUCACACACCAUUAUGUCACAUUUUCGCUGCCCAAGCUCUUCUCUUGUUGAAGAAGCAGGAUUAUAUGCUUAUCGACCUAUCAAGGGGUUAGAUGAAAGCUUACUUUAUAAAGAAGACGAAGAAGAGGGAACAGCGAUAUAUAAUAAACUUGACGCUAAUAAGCGUUGCUGGAUUUGCUUUGGAGAAGACACAGAUUCCGAAGGAAGAUGGGUGAAUGCUUGUAAUUGCUCAUUAAUCUCUCAUGAGCAGUGCUUACUAGACUGGAUUGCAGAAAACCAGAAAAUGACACCUUUAAAAAAAGUAACAUGUCCUCAAUGCUCGUGCUCAUAUUUAUUGUCAGAAAAGCAUAGCUUACCUCUUGUUAUCAUGAGUAUGUUCGAUGGGUUGGUACAGACAGCAGCACCAUACAUAACCGUAUUAGGUCUUGGGUGUUCCUUAUUAAUUACUUCUACUACCUUUGGCGCUUAUACGGUUUUAACUUUGUUCGGAACUAGACAAGGUGAGUUAUUGAUUGGGAAUCCUGCGUUAUGGACAUGGCGAACUUGGCUUGGUCUACCUUCAAUUCCAUUGGCAUUGAUAGCUUCUAGAUUAAAAUGGGCCGAUAAUGUUUUACCUGCCGCUGCUUUGUUGUUACUUCGAUUAACUGGCAUUUCUUACCCAUUGAGAGUCACGUGGCCACCUUCUCCAGCAGUCAUGUUUGGCCUUUUGCCGUGGGUAAGAUUACUUUAUAGCAAUAUUUAUGCACUAGUUCAGCGUAGAUUAUUGCGCAUAUCACAACAAAGAAGAAGGACACUGGAUGGAAUUGAUAUACAUGAAAGAAGUAAUGAACAAGAUGACCAGGUACUAUUUGGAAGAGAGGGUAGAGACAUAAGCGUCACUGUAAUUGGCGCGCUACUAUGGCCAACUAUAAGUAGUAUUGUGGGAAGCUAUCUGAGCCAUUCUAAAUUCGUGCGACGUUAUUUUCCAGAACCAUUUCAAAGAAAUGUUUUAGGUGGUUGUUUAUUUGUUCUCGCAAAGGACGUGGCAAACCUGGUUUAUAGAUAUGAGAGAAUAAGACAAAGAAGAUCACGCCGUGUUGUUAAUUUUCACGAUAUCAAAAGACGAUCAAAAUAAGCAGUUGUACGCAGGUUUAUACGGCAGUUUUGAAACGAUACUUUUAUCGAAUUAAGUUUUGUUAUUAUAAUUGAAUAAAAUAUCCCCUUUUUGAUACUAUAAA